GUGGUUCGGGAUUUGGGAGGGAAGAUUCCUCGCACCGCAGAAGAUUUGCAGCGCCUCUUGCCGGGUGUGGGCAGAUACACCGCUGGAGCCAUCGCCUCCAUCUCUUAUGGGCAGGUGACGGGCGUUGUGGACGGAAACGUCAUCCGGGUUUUGUCUCGGCUGCGAUGCAUCGGAGCGGAUUUCACGGCGCCGGCGGUCUCCGGCGCCCUCUGGAGUUUGGCCAACGGUCUCGCUGACUCGGAGCGGCCGGGGGACUUCAACCAGGCCAUGAUGGAGCUGGGGGCCACCGUGUGCACCCCCAAGAGGGCGCUGUGCUCGGAGUGCCCGCUGCGGGGUCAGUGCAGAGCCUAUAGGAAGGUGAGAUGGGAGGGAGGGGGCGGGGUCUCAUCUCUGAUUGGCUAUGGGGAGGAUAAUGUGACUGAAGGGGAGGACGGAGGUCAGAUAGAAGACUGUUCUCUCGCAGCCCCCUCCUGUCCUCUGUGCAUCCCUUCAUGUGACGCGUGGGACGACGCUCUGGGGGUGGCAAACUUUCCCCGCAAAUCUGCCAAGAAGCCGUCUCGGUUGGAGCGGACGCUGACCUGCGUAGUGGAGCGACGGGGACAGCCGGGCGAGGCGGAAUACUUGUUGGUACAGAGACCUCAGACAGGUCUGCUGGCCGGGAUGUGGGAGUUUCCCAGCAUGCUCUUGGAGGAGGAUCGCACUGAGAAGGAGCGGGCGGAUAUUUUAUGCCGCCGUCUCCAGGAGUUCAUCGGCCAUCAGAUGUCGGGGGAGGAGCUGCAGCUCGUCGGGGAGCUGGUCCAUAUCCUCUCCCACAUUCAUCAGACGUAUCUGGUCUACUUCCUGUCUGUGGACUCGGCCGGAAGUCUCUCUGUAGAGGAUGAGGAGCGGCCGGCCAGUCGCUGGGUGACCCGGAAACAGUUCCUGGAUUCCGCUGUCCCCUCCGCCAUGAGAAAGAUUCUGCAGUUGUGUCAGAGUAAAGACCUGGUGAGCGGCGCCUCUGAAUCGACCAAGAAGAGGAAGCGUGAGGUCAGUGACAGGCAGCCACCCGCCAGGAAGGUGAAGGCGGAGCCAAACAAACAGAGAUCAAUCCAAAGUUUCUUCAAACCGGCAAACAGGAAGUGACCGCCAGCCAGGAAAAGCGGCUCGUGUACGGUGACCUCUGACCCGGGGAACGGGAUGAAGAUGG